ACACUAAAAUUACAUUCCCAUAAAAAAUAUAUUCCAGCGUUUAAUAAUAAACAAAUAAAACGCUUUUGUAUAUAUUUCUGAACCACUCGUUUACUAUGAAACUAUCAUCAACUCUUCUAUUAGCGACGACCGCGCUCGCUGCCUACAACCCACACUCCCACCAGAAGCACUGGUUGACCUCCAGAGCCGACACCUCAGACGACGCUUCGAAAGUUAGCGACAAGGAAUUCGAUUUCGUCGUCGUUGGUGGUGGUGUAGGUGGUUUGGCUAUUGCAGCAAGAUUGUCCGAGGAAGCUAACCUCACCGUCGCCGUCAUUGAGGCAGGUGGUGAUGGUUCUGAUGUCAAGGACCAAAUCUACAUUCCUGGUUAUUCAUACCUUCACGGUUUGACAGUCUCAGAUUAUGAUUGGGACUACAAGGUUGAACAGCAGCAAGUUAUUAACGGUAAUGACGCUACCUUCGGUUCUCGUUGGCCACGUGGUAAAGGUUUAGGCGGUUCGGGAGCAAUUAACGGACUUUUCUGGUGUAGAGCUUCAACCCCAGAAUAUGAUGCUUGGAAUAAACUCAACCCAGGCUCCAAAAUUGAUUGGGGUUGGGAUGAAAUGCAAAAGUACAUGAAAUAUUCUGAAACGCUCCAUAAGCCAACACAAGAGCAAAUUGAUACUUUCCACAUUUCUUUCAACGAGGAUGAUCACGGUACUAGUGGUCCUAUCCAAGUCGGCUGGCCUUACUACAUUUACGAAGGUGUUAAGCAUUGGAUACCUGCUUACGAAGCUCUUGAUAUCAAUAUUCCACAAGAUGGUGCUUCAGGUAACAACCACGGUCCUGUGAUCACCCCAUCAAUUCUUAACCCAACAAACAUGUCAAGAUCUGAUCCAAAGGCUGGUUACAUCGAUCCACUUCCUCCACGUCCAAACCUUACCAUUCUUACUAGACACAUGGUAACUACAAUCGAUUGGUCAGACGAGAAGGAUGCUGAUGGUAACCUUAUUGCAAGCGGUGUUUACUUCGGUAAAGCUGAUGGUUCAAACAAGAAUGAUCUCUACCAUGUUAAGGCUAAGAAGGAAGUCAUCUUAUCAGGUGGUACCGUCAACACUCCACAAACUUUACAAUUGUCUGGUAUUGGUCCAGAAAGCCUUCUUGACGGAUUAAACAUUCCAAUCAAGCACGCUUUACCUGGUGUCGGUCACAACCUUCAAGAUCACGCAGCCACUGCAGUUUACUUUAACACAAACGUCGCUGAAACUUGGUAUGAAUUGAAGGACGAGCAAACCGCUCAAACUGAAUUAGACAAAUGGAAGAACGACAACGGUCAAUCAAAGUGGUCCUACAUCAACCAAGCUAUUGGUUACCCAGAUGCUAAUGAUAUUAUGCCUGGAAACGUAAAUAACUUUGUCAGCAACAUCAAGAACAACAUUGAAGAUUACGCAAAGAGCGUUAAACAAAUGUAUGGUGAAGAUGAUACCGUUCUUGCUGGUAUGCGUGAACAAUGGGACAUUACUCAAACCUACCUCAAAGGUGAGGUUGGUCAAUUAGAAAUGCUCAUGACUAUGCUUGGUGGUGGUCCAGGUGAAAUUGGUUUCCAAGUUGCACUUCAACAUCCAUUUAGUCGUGGUGUCAUUGAAAUCAACUCAACUGACCCAUGGGUUCAUCCACAGAUCAACCCGGGUUACUUGACUCACAACGCUGAUAUGGAAAUCAUGAGACAGGGUGUCAGAUUCGCCAUUGCUUUAUCAAAAGCUGGUGAAAUGGCUGAUUACAUAACCAAGCAAGAGAACUUCAACGACGAUUCUGACGAUGCUAUUGACUCUGCUAUCAGAGAUGAUGCUCACACUGAGUACCACCCGUUAGGUACAGCUUCUAUGUUGCCACUUGACAAGGGUGGUGUCGUUAACACUUCUCUUAUCGUAUACGGUACCUCAAAUGUUAGAGUUGUUGAUUCUUCAAUUAUUCCAUUGGAAGUCUCAGCACACUUGAUGGCCACCACUUAUGGUAUCGCUGAAAAAGCAGCUGACAUUAUUAAGACUCAUUAUAGCCAAAUUGCAAACGGUCAAAACCCAGAUGUUGGCGACCCAGAUGAUAUCAACAAUUCACAAGGUGAUGAUGACUCAAGCUCAACCAAAAGGGAUAUUGCAAUUGGAGUAGUCGUCGGUGUUGUCGGUCUCGCUAUCAUUGGUGUUAGUAUCUAGACUUAUUCAACCUCUACCUUUCAUCUUUUCUUUUUCUCUGAGGUUUUAUCAUGACUUUAAUUGAAAACGCCUUCAAAACAUAGAACAAUUGGAUUUAAAUUACAUAUUUCACUUUACUCUUCUUUCAUUUUCUAGCUAAUCAGAUACACCAUAUCAAACAAUUUUGAACAGAUUCUUCUCAUGAUUGAGUUCUAUUCUUGACGGUUAGACGUACGUAUCUGUCGGAUACAGUUCGUGUUAAUUUGUCUCUGAAUGACUUGAUUAAACGUUUUAACGAUACAUUCAUUUUUAACCCAC